GGUGUUGCCUGCCCUGCCUCAAAUGAACUUGAGGCUCCGAUGUGGUCAGGCAUAUCUCGCUCGCUGCGCGCCGCGCGCCGCACCUAGCUUGGCUCGAGGAGCCAUAGGGUUUUCUAAAUGCACGGAUUCCAUAUGUGAUGAUGCUGCGCCUAGUGCUGGUCUUGAUCGGCCUUGUUCGCUCAGAGCGUCCAGUGAGUGGUCUCGGAUACGAGGUCAGACCUCAUAGAGCAGAUGCUCCCUCGUCUCUCCUGGAGACCCAUCUGAAGAAAUUUCGGCGGCGCGGUUCAGGGCACAAGACGAAGUGGGGAUUUAACCUCUUCCCGCAGAAGGAGAAGGUGCGGCCUUUGCCAGAGCUGGAGGGUAAGCUUGCUACCAAGGAGGAGUUCCAGAAGAUGUACAGCUACAACUGGCAGCAGAAAUGGCAGCGGGCCGCCACUUUGGAGGCGCGGAAGUUGUCCCUGGACGGGAAGAAGAAGUACACGCGGAAGCAGUGGGAGGAUAGGUACGGGGAGUCCAAGGACGCCAACAAGAAGUGGGAGCUCGCCGACUGGGUGUCGCCCGUGGAUAUCAGCCAGGAGGUGAAGAUCGAGUACCCUGCGGAGCGAUCGCUCGUCGAUCCUUCGCCGACCACGACGCCUGCAGGAAAAGCCGAGUAUCGCGAUGCAGCUGCAAAGAAUCCGGAGGAGCGGAGGCCUUUGCCCCCCCCGGAGAAGAGCCUCAUGAAGACGGAGCAGGAGUUUCUGGCCAAGUUCGGGGCUCGCCUGGGCGAGAAGAAAUGGCAAGAAGCCGAGCACUUGGAGGAGCGGAGGUUCGGCGCUGACGGUGGCAAGUACACGGCCGGGCAGUGGGCGGACGCCUUCGGGAACAGCAGCGAGGCCUGGCAGGCGGCGCGGCACGCGGACGCCGCGAAGAUGAUAGAGCUGGACCUGGGCUUCCACGAGGAGGCCAACGAGGACGCGGUGAGGCAGGCGGACGCGCGGGCCCGGAAGCUGGACCAGGAGACGGCGGAGGCCAAGCAGGCGGCCAAGGAGGCCAAGUCGUUGAGAGUCAUCGAGGAGGAGGCGAAGAGGAAGGCCAAGGAGGCCAAAGAGGCGCAAGCCGAGCUGGAGGCGGCGAGGAAGAAGCACGAGGUGGUCCAUUCAGGCCACUCAGGACCUCAGGAGGAGGACGGUGAAGACGAGGAGCUGGAUGAAAACGCGGAGCUUGGCGCGGACGAGAUUUCUGAGAUGGACAUCCCCAUUGCAGGAUCCAACACGUGGCCCCACUGCCCUUCCCGAAACGCCCACAGAUGUGGUGACAAGAAGCAUUGCUGCUGCAAUGUGGGCUCCAAGCUCCACACUGCCGAGAAGACCUGCAAGAAGUCCGGCAAAGGCGACAAGGACCCCGACGUGGUGCGGCGGCAAAUCCCAGGCUCCCGCGUCAGGGCGGAGUUCGGCGUUUGCUCCGAAGCCCGGGGGCACCACACCUGCGGCAGCGGGUGCUGCUGCAGCGGGCUGCUGGAGUUCAACGUGGACUCUCAGACCUGCGAGACGCCGCCUUCUGCGCAGGCGAACACCUGGGUAUCUAAACCUCUUCCAGACGCGGCACCUCCCAAGGAGGAGCCGAUCCCCGGGUCGCAGACCUGGAAGCAGGUGGGCGCCACCUGCGAGUCCAAGGAGGCUUACUCCUGCGGGAAGGAGCGCUCGCACUGCUGCUGUAGGUUCGGCUGCGAGUUCAUCGAGAUCUGGGAUAAGUGCGGGCACUGCAAGGACAACGUGCCCAUGGUCGUGCAGAACCUGAUUCCGGCAUCGCAGCUGUGGGAGCUGCGGGUGAAGAAAGGCGUGUGCAACGCCAAGCGGAGCCAUCCCUGCGGACCCGGGUGCUGCUGCAAUGCUGGUUGGACUUGGAACAAGGAGCAGCGGAGAUGUCAGGACCUCGACGAGGGCAACGAGGAGCCGGACACCUCCCCGCCACCAGAAGAGCCCAGUCCGGAGCCGGAGCCGAAAGGUUCCGCCUGCGCGGCAGGCAUGGGCCUUGCCUCUGCGGUACUGCUGUUCCAGGCAUUGCUGUGAGCGGUCUGCGGGUAUUUAGGUCAAAGAGUGCAGCCGCCUUCCGAGCUCAGUUGGCAGUUUCUGGGGAUUCAAGCGCUGGGGCGUUUCCCUUUUACCUAUCCUUGGAGGCGGCUGUGAAAAUGGAACGGCAGCCAAAGCUGUUGCCCUGACAGUCAACAGCUGCCGGGAUUGUCGGGAUAUUGCCGGCAGGGCAAGUGAGGGAGUGUUCUGGUUGC